AUGGCAACUCUCAAUACCACAGAAUCUUCAUGUACCUUUGGCGAUUACUUACCCUUGGUGGACCCUCAACUGGCAGAACAUCCUGGAGCGCUGGUUCAAGAGGCUUUUGGACAAUCUGGUUCACCGAAAGAAGAUUUUUCCUUCUCCAAAACAUCUCAUGCUGAAGAGAAACUUGAAGAACAAAGAAUCCAGAUACAUAUCCUCAAAUUAGAGGUCCAGCGAUGUGAAGAAUUAUUGCGAGAGAGAGAUUCUACAAUCGAAACACAGCGUUUCCACAUUGGCGACUUAUAUGGCAAUGUAUGCCGGUUGACGAACGAGAAAGGAGAGCUCGAGACCACCGUCACGAGCCUCCGAAACCAGUUCAAAGAUUUCGAAAAGAAUGAUUGGCAAUUAUACAGCGGUGUG